GUGAAGUAGCAGUGUGCUUGUGCAGACAGAGGGAGCCGUGACCAGAGACAGGGUGUCCUCACCAUGGCUUAUAUUCAGCUUCUGGCAGAAGUCAAGGGCUGGAUCCAGAUCCGCAGCCUCCUAGCCCGACAGUGCCUGGCAGAGUUUCUGGCUGUGUUUGUGCUCAUGCUGAUCACCCAAGGGGCUGUGGCCCAGGCUGUCACCAGUGGAGAAACCAAAGGCAACUUCUUCACCAUGUUUCUAGCUGGCUCUUUGGCUGUUGUGGUAGCCAUCUACGUGGGUGGUAAUGUCUCAGGGGCUCACCUGAAUCCAGCCUUCUCCCUGGCAAUGUGCCUCCUGGGACGCCUCCCCUGGGCCAAGCUCCCAAUUUACUGCUUGGUGCAGAUACUGUCUGCUUUUUGUGCCUCUGGAACCACUUAUGCUCUCUACUAUGAUGCCCUACAGAACUACACAGAUGGGAACCUGACUGUGACUGGCCCCAAGGAGACAGCUUCCAUCUUUGCCACCUACCCUGCUCCCUAUCUGUCCCUGAAUAAUGGCUUCCUGGACCAGGUUCUGGGCACUGGGGUCCUGAUUGUGGGGAUCUUGGCCAUCCUGGACACACGGAAUAAGGGAGUGCCUGCAGGUCUGGAGCCCGUGGCAGUGGGGCUACUGAUCCUGGCCAUCGGGCUAUCCAUGGGUGCCAACUGUGGAUACCCACUCAACCCUGCCCGGGACCUGGGCCCACGGCUUUUCACCUACCUGGCUGGCUGGGGCCCUGAAGUCUUCAGCGCUGGUAAUGGCUGGUGGUGGGUGCCUGUGGUGGCUCCUAUGGUGGGGGCAACCCUUGGCACAGCCACAUACCAACUUCUGGUGGCUGUGCACCACCCUGAGGAUUCAGAGCCAGCCCAGGAUCUAGAGUUUGCCCAGUAUAAAGCCUCAGACUUGGAAACUCCUGCCUCAACUCAGAUGCCACAACAGUCCUACCUCCCUCAUGGACACUGAAGAGACCCAGACCUGAUGACAAGACAUUCUUUCUCUUUAUUAAGACACAAGGACCUGGGCAGUUUCUGUGUUUACUCAUCUAAGCAUCGCUUCCUCCUAAACUGGGGAGGAUGCCCGUACAGGCAGACCCAGAGGAGGUCAUAAGGUCCCGUCUUCAUACUCUCCUCUCCCAAGCCCGUUUUUCGGGACCCUGCGGGCUUCCAGGAACAUAUUCCUCAAAGUGGCCACCAGAGGGUGCGCACCCUGGAAGCCGGACUGGGAAAACCGUAGGAAUCUACGGGGUGGUGGGGGCCGACUGUCCAGUGGGGCGCAUAGCCCUGGGGACGUCCUGCAAAGCUUGGUCCCCACUGCCUGACUCCCAGCUCUCACUACCUCAGCGCCUAGAUUCAGCCGCCCCCCUAGUUAGUAGGAACAGAUGGGGAAACAGCCUCCACCUAAAGGGCGUGCGGGAGGCGGGGGCGAGAAGAGAGGGCAAGCAGUGGAACAGCCAUUCAAGCGCCUAGAGACCCGGAGAGCGAGGCGGCGAAACGGAGGCACAGCCCAAUACGUAGACAUUUCAGGCUGUGUCAUUCAAGGAUAGGGUGCAGUAGAGAUGAGCCGGGCGAGGAGAGAAGGCACGGCGCAGAGGGCUGCGAGGGGAACGAGUGGAGCGUUACGGGAAGACCGGCGCUGAGGAAAAUUCUCGUCCACCGCUUCCCCUGCUCUCAUGCCCCUCCCCGAGAGACGCCUUUUUAGCAGAGAAGACCGCUUUCUCCA